GUGGGUUGAUCCAGAGGCGGAUCAGAGCCGCAGCAGCUACUUCAGCACAGACAGCGCCACCUGUGGGACAGAGCGAUCAAAGAUGCAGAGGUGCUUCGGCGUUUUUUGCGUGUCGCUCAUCUUUUGCGCAACCCUCUCUGAGACCAUCGGGCUGGUUAUUGCGGCAAAGGAGAAGCGUGGCUGGACUCUCAAUAGUGCUGGCUACCUGUUAGGUCCCCGUCGUAUUGAUCACCUAAUUCAGAUAAAGGAUUCCCCCAGUGCCAGAGGCAGAGACGAGCUGGUCACUCAAUAUGGAAUAGAUGGACACAGGACACUAGGAGACAAGGCAGGUCUGGCUGGCAAGAGAGACAUGGGUCAGGAGGAAGACAUCAGAACAGGUCUUCUGCGAAUAGGAGAUGAAGACAUCAUCCACACUGUCAUCGAUUUCCUGUCGUACCUCAAACUUAAAGAGAUGGGAGCCUUGGACAGCCUGCCAUCUCCUGUCACAUCAGAUGAACUGGCCAGUCCUUAACAUCUCAACUCCAUAUGUCCUACAGUCUUUUAGAUGUGUGGCCUCCCAGUGCCCUAAAUGUCCAAUUAUCUUAACUCCAUGUGCAAACUUAUAUUCUCCAACUAGAAAUCUUGGAUAUUUCUGUUCAUGUGUAAAUAAAACUUUUAUCUACUGAAGGUCA